AAAUUGUUCCACACCUGUUUAUCAUAGAUUGUAUGUGGUGGACUUUGCUCAGUGUAGUCGUGUGCAAUACCUGAAACAGAGUUCAAAAGUCUCCACUGUUGUUAGAUCUCAAGCUCUCAAGAAGUUGUGUUUCUCGACCAAAAGGCUGGAAAAGAAGAAAAAGGUUCUAAUGGCUUUUUUGGGAUAGAUGGAAGGAGGGGGGAGGUUACCAGUUUAUGAAUGUUCUUUCUGAAAACAAGUCAGCCUCCAAAACUGAAUGUUUAAGGCAGAAUGUUGGUAAUGCUGUGGUUAUUCGGUGUUGAUUUUUUUUAACGUCAAACUAUUUUUGCUUUCUCUUCUUGUGCUAAACUUAACCAUGAUUCUACGUUUUACACAUAGAUACCAUGGAUAACCUUCACUUGCAUGUCAUAGCUGUGGUCCUUUACUUUAAUCUCCCUGGAUCAGUGGGAACCAAGUCACAGUGGAUUCUUCCUGCUACACACCAUCGUUCAGAAUGCCGGUGGGAUGGGCAGUUCUUACUGAAUUGCUCCUUUGCUAGAAUAUCUACUAUUCCAGAAGAUCUAUCACAAACAGCAGUAACAGCUGAUUUGAGUUACAAUAAUAUUAAAACUUUUGUGUGCUGUGAUGGAAGAAAUGAAGAGUGGAUGCUAAAACACCUGAACCUCAGUAACAACCUGAUUUCUGAACUCACUUUAACUACUUGUACAAAUCUACCCAUUUUAGAAACUCUAAACCUCAAUGGUAAUGCCAUCCACACCCUCACACUGGACAUGCCUUCACCUGCACAUGGGUGUAAAAAGUACAGCAUUGUUGAUCGUCUCCUGCCUGCUUUGAAAGUAUUGUCACUUGAAAGAAAUAAUCUUAAUACAGUUCCAAGAGGACUAGGGCUCCUGCAGUCUUUACAAACUGUCCAUAUGUCAUCCAAUGCCAUACAACAGAUUGACCCAAAGGAUUUUCAAAACUGUUCACAGCUGAAGGACAUUGACCUGCGAAACAACAAGAUAACUAAAAUUCAUCCAGAUGCCUUCAGAGAUCUGAAAAAAUUACAGGUCGUGGAUCUCCGUGAAAAUGGUCUGACAAUCCCUCUACCAGAGACACUUAUCAGUCUGAACUUUUUUCAAUUUGAAGUGUAUUUGUCAAAGAAUGCCAGGAUAUUUAACUGCAGGCUAAAUGCUUUCAAACAUUUAUUUCAUUUUGUCUUUGACUCCACAAGGAACAAAUUGAGCCUUUCAUACAAUAAGUCUGCCAACAAUGCCCAGAAACCUCUGCUGUAUCUUUCAAGUUUCCAUUUAAACUGCAGGGACAAUGUUUUACUCAAAAGGGCCACAGUCCCAACAGGAACAGUCCUGACCUGUAACUUGGACAACAUAAGGGGCAAUGGAGUUUCUUGGUGGACACCUAAGGGCAGAAUUUCAAAAAAUCACAGUCUUCCUGAUAUGACACUGGAUAAAAUGAAUAAUUUAGUGAUAUACAAUGCUGAGAAAACUGCUGAAGGAUUAUAUUUGUGUCUUUUUAAUACAACAAAAGAGAAAUAUCUCAUUUACGAUAUAGAGGUGAAAGAAGGAGUUUCAGCAUUUUUGGUUAGAAAAGCCAGGGACACGAACGCUGUUUUUAGACAGAAAGAAACAGAGUCAAACUUUGCACUGGCUGUCUCCCUCUCUGUACUCAUCACAUUUGUUUGUGCUUUUUGUCUGGGUGCUUUUGCUAGACCCUACCUGGAGAGGCUGUGGAGACUCAUGUGCAGGAACAAAAAUUCAGGUCCAGAGCACACGUAUUCUAAUCAAGCUUUUUCAGAUGAAACCUUGAGUGGUGAGCCUGGCAGUGGUGUACAUUCACCAAAUCCCAAAGCACAGUACCAGAAACAAAGCAAAACUGAGAUCAACUUGAAGAAAAUACCAAUGUCUUCAAAAGUCCAACCUAGUAUUGACGAUAAUGAAAGUACAAAUAUUUAUGAUACUGAACUAUUUUUUGGUAGGACAGACUACCAGAACAGCAAUGAAAUAAUACCAAAAAGCAAAGUAAGAAACAACUCUGUCCUGCUGCAUUCUGAGAUCACAAAAAUGAGACCAGAUUCUCCAGAAAGAAAAGGCAUUGCUUCACAUAAUGAACCCAGGCACGCUAAAAAAUUUACGCAGGGAAGGCAAAAUUGUGAAAAACAAUUUGGUCUAAAUGGCAACAAAAAUAUACCUAGUGAUGUUGGAGAUUUUAUUUCAUCCAGUAGCUCCAGAAGAUAUGCAGAUAAUGAGAAUUUAAGCAUCUAUGAAACAAUAGGAAACUCUCCCCUUACAGAGCAUGACUAUAAAAGGAUACAUUCACAUGAAAAAGAUGCUUCAGCUGAUAUAUUUGGUGACAGUUCUUCAUCUGAAGGGAUUCCAUUCACAAUGAGUGAUUCUAGUUCUUUAGCAGACUUUGAACUGGAACAAUCUGAUAUUCGUGAAAACUUUCCAGUCUGUCAGUCAUUGCCAGAUGAAGCCAACACAGACAGUGGAACCGAGAAGUUUGCAACACCACCAGAGUCUCCAGUCAUUACUGCUGAACUUCAGGAGACUGGGAUAAAUGAAGAUGAGAACAGUGCCUAUUUUGAAACCAGUAUUAAUUAUGGAUCAGAUACCACCACACGUGAAACAGCAUCCCCUUACACUGAUAAAUGCAGUGGCCAUGUAAUGGUGUCAGAUCCAGAUACAGUUAGCUCUUCAAGUCAAGAAAUUCCAGAUACAUUUGAUUAUUUUGCUAAUACAGAAUCAACAGUACAAAACUCUAUUUCUGAUUCUCUCCACAAUCAAAGUACAGAUUUUGGUAACACUGUAUUUAAGUUAAAACAUUUUCCCCCACAUGACACAGAGAAAACUUCUGAAGAGGAUGAACUACAGCUGUCUCUGCUUCCCAGAGAACCACAGCAUUCCCUCAGCUUCACACACACGGAACAAAAAGAAAAUGCACCAGCAGAAAGUACAGAUGAGCACACAGCCAGGAACUCCCCAGAAAAGAAUCAUGGUGAAGCAGACAUUACAUUAAGAAAUAUGAGUACAUCUGAGGACAAUGGCUUUAUUUUUGCUCCCACUGAUACUGGUUUGAAUGAAGUUGUAAAAAAACCAUCACUGCUGCAUUCCAGCAAAGAAUCAUCUCUUCAAUUGCUGUCUGAACACACAGGUGAAAAACAUUUCAUGUUUGUUACGCAGCAAGAUCACUUGCUACCACAGGAGAAGCAGGCUUGUGCAGAUAAAAUGCAAGAAGGUUCUGAUGAGAAAAAUUCUGAUGAAUUCAAAGAAUUACAGGAUACCAACAAUUGCAAUCUACCUGAAGAAAUGCAGUCUUGUAAUCCUACACCAGUUCUGCUGCAUCUUCAUAGUUCUGGGAAAACACAGUCAGAAUUCACAACUGAUGAUUGCUUCCAACUGAAUCAGAGUGAUGAGGAUGCAGAUUCCUUCUCAAUCCCACAAGGUUUCUUCAGUGAAAGCACACCAUACAGUUCAUAUUCCUUCCCACAAAAGCCUAUAGGAAAUACAAUCUCUGAAAGCACUGAUUCCAGCAAGAUGAAGGAUCACACUACUUUGACAGAACUGGAGAACCAUUCUGCAACAACUGUAGAACACCUCCAAAAUUCCAGUGAAAAUCUCAGCAAAAAAAGUCAGACAAAUUCAGGACAGAACCCGUUUUUUGUUAAGAAGAAAAGAGCAUUUGAUGGAUUUGCUAAUAUUUUGCAAAGCCAGAGAACAAACUUCAAUAGUUGAAACACAAAAUGGUAA